AACGUUGCUGGCCUCACUUUGGUAUUGUGUUGAAAACAUGGCGUCGGAGAUGUGUUUCAAGCAAAUGCCGACUGUUCCUUUUGUUGUAACGCUACCACCGACUCCUGCCACAACCAUAUCUAUGCAUCUUGUUAAGUAUUUACCACCAGUGAAACCACUUUUCUCUCCUCAAACAAUAGUACCUUCUUUGUUAAAUGUUUCGUUGACUACCGCAGCAAUUUUCACCUGUGCCGUUUCCUCCUUCUACUACGCCGUCGCCGCCGCCAUCACUACUCCUGCCAUCAUCACCGGUCAACAUUGAAAAAGGGACAACAUCCAAAUAUAUACAUACACAUAUACAUACAUACUUUAUAUAGAUAUAUAUCCUCCAUCCAUCUAUCUGUUUACCACAGCAGAAAUUAAACACAUACAUGCUCUCUCUUCUACUGAUGCCUAUCAUAUACACUUCUAGUGUACACACUACAAUAGUAUCUCACCCCUAACAAUUUAGGCAAUAAUAUACAUACAUACAUAUAAAACACACACAAAUAUAUAUUUGGCUGCCCCCUAAAUAUAUAUAUAUAUAUGCACAAAAUAUGAUAUAUUUGUAUAUUGCACUGUCUGUAUAAAUAUAUAUAUAUUUAUAUUGGUUACAAGUUCUCUUCUCAUUUAAAUAACAUGAGUAAAAAUAUUUGGUUGCACUUCUUAAUUUAAAUAACUUUAAACUGAAAAAGAAAAAGAAGAAAAAAAAGGAAACAGCGUAACUGUUUUUAUCUUUCUCGCUCCAAUUCACUGUUAUAUCUUCAUUGUUAUUACUUUUUUUUAUUCUAUUAUUUAUUAUCCAUUCUCCUCACUUUUUUCUUUAUCACAUCUGGAAAGUUCCCUGUUAAAGAUUCUUUUUCAUUCCCUUAAACAAACAAACAAAAAAAAAAAACUAUCUCAAGGUAAAUUAUUCCUUGCCUGCGGAAACUUCUAAAUAAAGCGAAAGUUUUGUUUUCCAACCGAAAGCAGCAUUUAUCCCACCUUUUUAUUUUAUAUUUAUAUUUGUAGGCGCAUGGAAGCGUUUGUCAUGUAAUAUUUUUUUUUUUUUAAUCUGCUUUCAAUCAUUGAAUUUGUUCGUGUUGUUAUUGUUUUCUUGAAGAAAACAAACAAGGGAUCAGUGUAUACUUGAUAAUAACCAAAAGGGGGAAAAUACAAAUUCAUCAAAAUUAAAUCAACAAGCAGCUUGUUUUUAAUACUGCAAAGUGAUAAACAAUUGAAGUCAAAUAUUUCACUGAUAAAAAACGAUCAAACAUGGAUCAAGUAAAUGAACUCUCAACCCAACCUAUGACCGACGACAGAGACGAGGGUGGACUCGGUCAGGGAGACGUGUCUCCUCUGGACAGAGAAGCUCACUGUGGGGGCGACGACGACGAAGAAGAAAGUGAACUUGGAACCACACACUGUGGCUUGUCACAGGACUAUGCAGAAGACCACGGAGACGAAGAACACGACAAUUAUGAAGAGGAUUAUCGUCGUUGCAAUGAAGAUGGGUUAGACGAAUUCGAGUACGAUCAGAAAAUGGCCUCGAUGCGUCGAGAAUUCGAAGAAGCUGACCAAGAGUCCAGCUACUAUCAGCCUGGUCACUUGGACUUCAUUAACGACGAUGAACCGCUGUCAUCAGCACUCAUCUUCCGACGUGUUGAUUCCGACCAAAUUGUGUACCGUCGCCGUCGGGCGAAGCACGUCGGCAAGUAUUUGAUGGGUGAUGUUCUGGGAGAGGGCUCUUAUGGUAAGGUGAAAGAGGUAUUGGACACUGAAAACCUUUGCCGGAGGGCUGUUAAAAUCCUCAAGAAGAAAAAACUUCGGAAGAUACCCAGUGGAAUUAAGAAUGUUAAAAGGGAGAUCAGUCUACUUAAACAGCUCCACCAUAAGAACAUCAUUAAAUUGAUUGAUGUUCUUUACAAUGAAGAGAAACAGAAAAUGUAUAUGGUGAUGGAGUUCUGUGUUGGCGAAUUGCAAGAGAUGCUUGAAAAUACUCCAGAGAAAAAGUUUCCAGUUUGGCAGGCCCAUGGAUACUUUGAUCAGUUGAUUGAUGGUCUUGAAUACCUCCACAGCCAACGCAUUGCUCAUAAAGAUAUCAAACCAGGCAAUUUAUUGCUGACGACUGAUGAAACCUUGAAAAUAUCAGAUCUUGGAGUUGCUGAGGCUGUUGGAUGGUUUGCCGAAGAUGACACUUGCCAUGCCAGUCAAGGAUCUCCUGCCUUUCAACCACCAGAGAUUGCCAAUGGACUUGAAAGUUAUGCUGGUUUUAAAGUGGACGUCUGGUCAGCAGGAGUAACAUUAUAUAACAUAACGACUGGAUUAUAUCCAUUUGAAGGGGACAAUAUUUACAAGUUGUUUGAAAACAUAGGCAAAGGGAAAUAUGUGAUACCUGAUGUUCUUUGCCCGAGUUUAACUGACUUAAUACAGGGUAUGUUAGAAUAUGAUCCAGAAAAAAGGUUAUCUAUUCAAAAGAUUAGAAAACAUGGCUGGGUACAGAAGAAUCAUCCACAGACCUGUGAACGGGUGUCGCUACCUGCAGCCCCAAAUGGUGAUACUUUACGCAACAUGACUGUUUUAUUAUAUCUUGAUGUCUUACACAAUGAAAAGGCAAACAGUGAAGAGGAGUUUGAAGAGGAAGAAGACGGAGAUGUCUUGUUGGAUCCUGAAGUUGAGAAAGAAGUUGUCAAAGAAGAACCCGAAGAGAAAGUCUCGAAAAAGAAACGGAAGGGAAAAGUACGGCGCUUUACAUUUAAUUCUUGCAAGCAAUCAUGACAUUUUGCUCUAGAAUCUUUAUGGCUACUGUCGUGGAAAACAAUUUUAUCUCUGUGACUGUCUUGAGCUUUCAAAUCAGCACCUUCAGCUCUUACAUUCAAGAAGUAUGACUGCAACUCCAGUCACCCCCUUCUUUAUAAGCACGGGGAUUCGCACUUCAAAGGCCAGAAUACAACCAGUGUAGCUAUUCUGCCUGUAGACAGCUUUACUUACUGUAUGCCACACUGAGCUCCAAUAGUCUUCUAAUGUUUUAUCAGAAUCAUCUCCAAUGUUCUGUUGGUAUUUCCUGAGCCGUACGACAUGCAGGCCAGUGUUAAGAUAUAUAUAUAUAUAUAUAUAUAUAUAUACACACACACAAAUGAUGACUACAAUGCAUUUUUUGUAUUAUGCUUCACUGGCGGAUUGGCAGAUUUCUUAGCAUUAUUUAGUAUUGCUAUGAAAGAAAGAAAGAGAAAAAGCAGAUGCACUAAACAGGUAAAAACAAAAAAUGGAAAAAAAUUUCACAAAACAAAACAAAAAAAUUGUUCAGUAAAAUGUGUUUUGUCCUUUGUAGCGCCAUGACUAAUGAAGAUUCAGUUUGUUU